AUGUCGGACUUAAAUAAACUCGUGAAGGAGAUAGGCUUUGAAGUCGAACAACUGUGGGACCAUGUGGAGCAGGAAAAAAACAACAUAACUGAACUUCAACGGAAGCUCCUAUCGCUAACACAAGAAGCCGAGUCUCAAAAGAAAGCCAAACAACAGCUAGAAGAAGAACUAAGGAGUUUGGAGAGUGCCUAUUUCCAACCAAACGUGCAUAAUGAUCCUUCCAAUUUAGGUGAAAGAAUAAAGGAGCAGAUCCAGUAUCUGGAUUCUGUUUCAACUGAAAUCGAAUCAUGCAAUGAGCGGUUCAAAAAAAAACGAAGUGAUUUACUUUCGGAAUGCAAAUUAAAGUUAGAGGAGUAUGACAAGCACAUAGCGCAAAAUGAAAAAUUACGUGCCUUCAUUGAAUUAUGGAAGGCUAAGUGUGGUGAUAAUUUCAGACUAGAUGUUAUUCCUGAUGUGAUCAGACAAACUGUCAAAGAUUUAUCUGGUUUUUAUGAGACACCUCUGGCACAGACGAUAGAGAAUAUGAUUAACGUUUGCACAAUAGAGAAUGAAGAAGCACAGAGAAGUGUCACCAAACUGACGCCAGCGGAAAGUGAAGGUCAAGGUUUAGAGCUUCACAAGGAAUUAAAACCGAAUGGCACAUCGUGCGACGGUCAGCUCAACCUUUCAAUUGAUCUUGAUGCCCAAAUACAGGGGUCCAAUGCUUUGGAUGCCAGCCGCUUACGGAUGUCUGCACUUGAUACCAGUGUCAUGCCUGCACUAUGCAGAAAAGAAAGCUGUAAAACUGAUGAAAACGUGGACAAUCAAGAUUGCACAAUGAACAUGGAUAUGACAGUCUGUGGAAAUAAUGAUACAACAUCCUAUUAA